AUGACAGCUGAGGAGCCUAUCGCUACUGCUCUCAUCUACCCGAUCCCGUUUCUCUACGCCCCCGACUUCACCAGCGGCGCCUCAGGGCUACCGCACCACGUGUGGACCAAUGCACAACCUGUGAAGACCGGCCUCAUUGCCACAGAACCCAAUGUUUUUAUGCGCUCCAUAUGGGUCCACGGCAGCUACAUGAAAGCCCUGGAGCGCAACGUCCUCCUCGGCGCACUGGAGCUCCAAGACGAAAUCCUCGGGCCAACGAAAGGUUUUAACCCAAGGGUCUUAUCGAACAACGUCACCGUCCGCGAUCCCCUUGCGAAUCUCUCUGUUCUCGAGCGUGACACUCUCCACGUCGUCAAUGGCUUGACCAACCAGUCGUGGUUCUUUCAUUCGCCGUUGCUCUACUGGUCGAACGACCACGAAUUGAUCGCAAUCGACCCCAAUAUCCUCGCCACUGUAAACGAGCACAAGAAUCAGCAUACAUCUCUCAACGUCACUUUGCGACACUCUGUUGUCUUCAGCGGCAAGAGAUUUGAGGACCGCGCCCUGGUCGCCGCCGAUGCCAUUGUCAUAACUCUGAUUCAUCUUCGCGAUUCCCCUGUUGGACGGCAAUGGGAACGAAAAGUGGCCGAACUUGCCACCCAUGUGACUGACAAAUGGGACGUCUACCCCCAAGAUGCCCGUAACCUGUCCAGCCAGCUCUACGAGUUUCAAUUUCUCCCCAUCUCAAUACAGGACUCGGUCAUGCUGACCUUGGCGUACUGUUUGACGUUCGUCUACGUCAUCCAUAACCUCUCCAAGAUUCCAGCAAUCAAGUCUCGACCUGGCCUUAUGGUGACGUUUGUCACGCAAAUAUUUGUCUCGAUAUUGUCGAGCUUCACGGUGUGCGCUAUCCUCCAAAUCGACCUGUCUCGCAUCCCGCGCGCCGCCUACCCGAUUGUAAUUAUCUCCAUGAGUCUGGAGAAUAUGCUUCGGCUUAUCAACGCUGUCAUCGCAACAAACCCGGAGGAAAGCACCAGUAGCCGAAUUGGCACGGCUUUUGGGGAGACUACGCACAUUGCUCUUGCUAGUGUUGUGGAGCAUCUCGUGCUUCUCUGGGGCAUCUCGAAGCUCGUCACAACUGGCCUUUCGGAUUUUUGUGCAUUUCUCGCCAUUGCUAUUGUGUUCGACUUCUUCUACUUUUCCACUUUCUUCCUGUCUGUCCUCAGCGUAGAGGUGCGACGUUCAGAACUUUCCGACUUUCUCGAGAAAUCGUCAUCAACAAAGCGAAACCAGCGGCCGCCUGGCCCGUCAAUGUAUCCGGAUGAUUUUGUCUCGCCCCAGAAAUCGAUUUCGCGGAAAACUUGGAUAACAGCCGUUCUCCAGGGCCGCAUUGACGCGUCCACGCGCAUCGCCGGCACGAUCAUCCUGCUCGGCUUUGUCAUCAUUGCCCAGUGGCAUUUUUUCGAAAACGAGAGCAUAUCACACACGUUGAACCGCAUGUUCACCUAUGGAAUAGGUUAUGGUGGCAGUAGAAAUAAUCUGACCGACUGGAGCAGCGCAUCUUCUCAGCUCCGGGAUCUUCACCAGGCCCGCAGCUUGACAUCGUGGCUUCGUCUUCAAGACCACGAGACAGCACGGGAGGUCAUCCGUGUCGUGAAGCCAGAGGCACACAGUUAUAUUGCUCGCGUGUACGAGCCUCUUGUUCUUGUCUUGAAGGGAAGCGACCGCAUGCAGUCUGUCACCGAGCGCCCGUUCCUACCAGCUGUGUACGACUUUUUUCGCCACCAGUCGACGCCGUUCCUGGUUGUGAUUUUGGUCCUCACAGCAGCCAUGCGCAUCUUUUUGAAUUACCUGCUUUGGGACGAGAUGGCUGAUAAUAGUGGCGACGUCGAUGCACCCAACGAGCCAACCCUGUCCGUCAAGACGUUGGACCAAGGCCAUGCCCUCGACGUGGCCCUCUUGGCUGCAUCGUCCGACGGCCUGGUUGUCUCUGUCGGCCUGGAUCGCUGGAUCCGUGUCUGGAACUUGCCUCGUGGUGGCGUGAACUACCCUUUGAGAAAACGCGACGCGCUCUCCGACGAUCCCUUCCCAGUGCUUCUCGCCAUCGACAACGACUCGACAUGGCUUGCGAUCUUGUCGCACAAUAACGUCAUGUUGUGGAAUCUGGAGACCAAGGAGUGGGGCCUGUCCGUUGCUAUCGAUUUAUCUGGACAGAAGCCGGAAGCCUUCUUCUUCAUGCCCCGCCAAAGGACUGAUUUGGCUCGCUCACUCGUUGUGGUUCGACGCAAUGGCACGCUCACUGAGCUGUGGGUCGAUACGGGCGAAACGCUGGACUCCCCCAUUUGUAAAACCACGCUCUUGUCCGCGGUCUCCUUCCAACCGCUGCAUUCACCAGCGACAGGACCAUCCGGUUCCGGCUGCGUGGCUAUCAUUGCAGUCUCACAGAAUGGCUGUGUCCACCGCGCCACUCCCACCUAUCGCGGGUGGAUCUCCGAGGAAAUCAAGCAACAGACUGACAAUGAGGAGCACGCCCACUCUGUCGUUGCUCUGCCACUCUUUUCGGCCUGCUUGGUCGUCAGACCACACUCGGUGGACAUGGUCGACCUUGCCACGUCUGAGACGCUUCACACCUUUGUGUCCCACUUGCAGAUUAAGCCCCGCUCGUUGCGGUGUAUUUUUUCGACGAGGAGGCAUUCCAAACGAAGCUCCCCAAGGCUGAGCUACUUCAGCCUUAUAUAUACAUGUGCCGAGUCAGGGAACUGUGUCAUUCAGACCUAUUUGCCACAGGACGACGAUGGAUCCAUCUUGUUCUCACAGGACGAUCUGUCGGACACGUCGUCGACGGACGGUGCGCCUAGCUGCAUGUGGCACGAGACGCGGCAGACCAUCGAAGAGGUGCCUAACCCCGGCCUUUGGGAAGCUCUACCUAAUGGAUGCGUUAUUGGUGUCCGACAAACGUCAAUCCUUGGUCAGCGCGGCGGAAACCGCAGCGGCGCCACUGGCUCGGAAGCGGUUAUAAACAGGUCCAAUAUUCUCCGACGCCGAGGAGUAAAUACAUCCACGUACACCAGGUCGGCCACUUCUUCGCCUAGGCCUUCCCAAAGAAAACCUGAUUACUCCAGUGGACGGGACAGCUGGGAGGCCUGGUCCAUUUGCAGUGUUGUCGACUCGGCCAAAAGCAUAAUUGACACAGCUCCGGAACGCAGCCACAACGGCGAUGCAUCGGCUGUUACCAGGACGGCAGCCACGGCCACGGCCACAAGCACCACCAACGCGAGUAGAGACAAGAACUACAUGACGCAUCCGAUGGCCGUGGAUGAGGGCGAGCUGCUGGUUACAGAACUUGGGCCAAUUGCCUGUGUGGGCGCUGGCACGAUUGCUCUGGGACUUGGCGCGGCCAUUAAAAUCAUCACGAUAGGCCACGAGCGGUUCGGCAGCCCGGCCGAGAUGCUUGAGGCGGCAGCUGGGCAGAUGAUGGAGACCAGCAGCGUGGCCAACCGACGACGCAAGAACCGGUCGAUUCAGAGAGCGACGGUGACAUAG